AUGGCGGAGGAAGUCAUCAAUAGUUUGGAAAAUAUGAAGCUGACUACAGAAGAAGAAGAGGUUAUUGCUAUUUCAGAGGAGGGUCGUCAGGAAGAAAUUGAAAGUUGUGUGCUAAGUCUAAUCGGGAAACUCCUUACGUGUAAGCCGUUUAACAAGAAAGCAGCUCAGAAUACGUUGAGAAGAGCUUGGGGGCUGAAUGAGGAGCUGCAAAUUAUCGAGGUGGGGGCAAACCUAUUCCAAUUUAAAUUCAGAUCAGAGUUUGAGAUGGAGCGGGUAUGGAAAGGCGGGCCGUGGACAUUUGAUAAUCAAGUUUUAAUGUUGCGUAAAUGGCAAUCAAGGAUGACAGCAAAGAAUGUUCAGUUUGAAGCAGUCCCUCUAUGGGUGCAAAUUUGGGAUGCUCCAUUUGAUAUGGCAUGUCCCAGAGUUGCGAGAGAGGUGGGGAAUAGAUUGGGUGUAGUGGAAGAGGUCGAACGAAGACAGAGGCAAAACCAGUAG